UAGCGCCCCCUCCUGGCCGCUAUACCGCACCGGCGUAAACUGCAAAAACACGUGACUCUCAGUAGGAGCCGGUGACCCGCGGAACCAUACGGCGUGCCCUCCAGUGGCACGAGCCAAUGGGCGUGAGAGUGACGCGAGGAGCAGGAAGACCCGGUGUAACGUCACCUGUCUCGCGAGGGACAUUCAAGACAAACCUGUCCUUGAAAAAAGAAAAACCGGUAGGUGCCGCACUGUCGCCUGGCGCUAUCCGAUGCCCCGCGUCACUUCCUCGAGGGCGUGAACACACCUGUGUCCUCUUUUUUUGUGUGUGUUUAUGUCCCAUAAAAUCAACACUGACCGCCGAGGGAGGGGGGCGCUAUCCCCGCCCCGGAGGAGGGAUAGCCUACACUACCCGGCGCAGGACCGCGACACAACACACCGGGCACCGCCGCCGCUGCGGAUGAAUUGACCGACCUUCGCAAGUCUCUCCCCCCCCCCCCACCCUCCCUCCUUUUCUUUUCUUUCUUUGUUGGUCCUUCUUCACAGAAUGGGGAACCUGGCUCUCGCCAUCGGUCUCUUCAGGAGUGAAGCAACCGCGUCUGGCCCAGUCAUCGGAGCCGGGUUCGUAGCCAGGAGCAUCAGCGACAGCAUCACUUACUAUUACGUCCCGUCGCCGGGGUCGGCGGAAAGAAGACCGUGUGCGGCCAAAGACCGGCAAACACGCGCCGCACUCUGCCCCCUCUCCUCCUCCUCCUCCUCCUCCCCGCACGACUCGGCCCUCUGCCGGACGGGGGUGAGGAGCAGGGUCCCCCGCCGCGCGUCUCCCCCCUCCUCCUCCUCCCCUUUGCUCUCGCAGUCCCCGCAAGCAGACCGGCCCCUCCUGCUCUUCUUCUCCUGGCUCGGCGCCCGGCGGGCGGCGGUGGGCAAGUACAGGGACCUCUACCUGGACCGCGGCAUGGACGUCCUCCUGGUCCAGAGCAGCGUGAUGCACUUCCUGUGGCCCCGGUGGGGGCUCGGCUACGGGUUGGAGGUGCUCGAGGUCCUGGAGCGGCCUCAGUUCUCGGGGAGGCCCGUGGUGAUCCACGCCACCUCCAUCGGAGGCUUCACUCUCUCCCAGACCCUCGCCCACGCCGCUGAGGGGCGGAGGGAACCCGCGGGCCUGGCUCAGAGGGUGAGGGGGCACGUUUAUGACAGCUUGGUGGUCGGCACCCUGGAGCACAUGGCGAUAGGCCUCGGCAAGACUCUGGUUCCACGGUUCGAGAGCCUUGUCAAAAACGCCGCCAUGCUUUACUUCUGGCUCUUCAAAAAGCACACGGCGGACUUCUACAACAACAGCAUCCGGGUCUUCCACAACAGCCCGAUAACGGCGCCGGCCCUCUUCUUCUUCAGCGAGGACGACGCCCUGUGCAGCCCGGCCGACAUGGAGCGGUUGAUCGACCACUGGAGGGGGAGGGGCGUGACCGUGGAGAGCAGGAAGUGGAAGGUGUCGAAGCACGCCGCCCACAUGCGAUGCCACCCGGAAGAGUACCUGUGCACGCUGGAGAAGUUCCUGGACUCCCUGGCACUUUCGCCCCCCAAAGCAAGCAUUUCAAAUGUGGGAGGCUUGCGUGUUUAGUUGGAGAGGUCUGUUGUAACGCCGUGAGGUCAAUUAUAGCCGUAGCAUGAUUAAAGGUGUCAUUUAACAAAGUAUAUCUCUUUGAAAGAAUCCUCAAUUGUUUGACUUUGCUGCUUUUAGCCGUUACAUUUAAAACGAUGUGCACUAUCUACUUGAUUACUUUGGACCCAUGUGAUGCUUUCACUGCACAGGAAGUGUUCUUCAUUGUAUUGCUGCUGCACUUUAUUACCAGAUCUGGUUGAUGCGCAACAUGUGGAAUAAAUGGGAUUUGAAUUUUA